AACUCGUGGUGUGCUUCAGAAAAUCGGCGAAUUAUUGCUUCAAACAUGCCUAAACAAACAGUUAUCAAAGAGUUAGCAAAAUGUAAACAUCCCCAAAGCAGGAAAACUCUUGCCUUGGCUCGGAAGAUAAAGAAGAUAAGUAAUCGCGAGAAGAUUAAACUGGGACAUGCGGCCAAAGCGAACAUUAUCGGGAAGAAGUUAGCAUGGUUUGCGGAAAAGCUGGAAGGCCGAGAACAACCUCUACAGCCGUCGGAAUAUGAACAGCUCAUCGAUCUGUAUCUGCAGCGAUUCGAUGAGGAGCUCGAGCAAAUUAAAAUCGUACAGUCAAUCGGAAAACAUCGCGCAACUCAACACGCAGCACGAGAAUCGGUUAUUAAAACGACACUAGGAAGUGAGGUGCAAAACUUCAACAGCGGCGGUGGCCUCGAACUUCCCGAUUUGUGUGAUCCGGUACAGUUCAAAUUAUUCCAGGACUGGGAUGGCAAUGCGGCCAGUAUACAGCAUUUAACACUAAAAUUCAUCUCAAGGAAAUCACUUCAAGCAUCAAACGCGAUGGCAAAAGAGGACAAAAUGACUGAAUAA